CAUACGUCCAGUGCCUUAAUUGCAUUGUAUGCAUGCAUGGACACAAUUACGAAACUUUUUCCCAGCCGGCACGGAAAGGGAGAAUUGAUCAAGAAGCCGGUUUCAAUUAAGCAAUUGAUAAAGAUCUUUGGGAUAGUGGCAUACAUUCAAUCAAAAAGAUGAUUAGACGACUAAACAAUCCUUCAAGACUAUCAACCACUCUGAAAUCAUGGCGGGCACCGUUGAUGCCAGAUCAAUAGGUCCCGGUAGGCCUGAAUUGGCUGAACAGGAAAGAACAAACUCUACAGCACAUACCACACCAAUGCAAAGUAGAAGGCCAAGUACGACACCAGAUGAAGAUAUUGAAAGACACCAGGAGGAAAAAAAGACGGAUGAUGAUGAUCCAUUGGUUCUCAAAGGAAAAGAAUCACCAUACAAUUGGUCAAACAGGCAAAAAUGGUUAAUCACAGGAUUGGUAGGCUCAGUAUUUUUUAAUACAACAAUGGCAAGUUCGAUUGCAACGGGUGCAAUGGAACAAUACAUUGACGGUUUCCAUGUUUCAAAAGAAGUCGCAGUGCUAUCGUUAUCCUGUUAUAUGAUUGGAUUUGCACUAGGUCCACUUUUAUGGUCACCACUCUCGGAGCUGUACGGACGCAGACCAGUCUUUUUGAUUUCUACACCGUGUUUCAUGUUGUUUAAUUUAGGAUGUGGAUUCGCUCAAGAUAUGCCAACUUUGCUCGUUCUGCGUGUUUUUGCAGGUUUGUUUGGUGCUUGUCCACAAUCUGCAGCAGGUGCAACAAUUUCAGACGUUUUUGCUCCGAUCGAAAGACCUUGGCCAAUGUUGGUUUAUUCGUUUUGCGCUUUUGGUGGUCCUGUUUGUGGUCCUUGGGCUGGAGGUUUUUUGUACGUGAGCGGAAAUUGGCGUUGGAUUUAUUAUUUGUUGGCAAUCUUUGCGGGUUUGAAUACUAUCCUACAAGCUUUUUUACUUCCGGAAACCUAUACACCCGUUUUACGCAAGAAUAAAGCUAAACGAUUACGUGCUCAAGGUUAUAGCCAUGAACAAGCACCGAUUGAAAUGCAUAUGACUUGGCAUGACAUUCUCACAAUUUAUCUUGUCAGACCAUUCUCGAUGCUCUUUAGUCCACGCGAACUUCCUCUCAUUUAUGCGGCUGCAUGGACUGGAUGGGCAUAUGCAUUAUUGUUCAUCUUUUUCGAAGCAUAUCCAGUCAUCUUUUCUGGCAUUUACGGUUUCAAUGCAGGUGAAACAGGAUUAUGUUUUAUAGCAUUCGGAAUUGGAAUUUGUCUUUCGAUUCCGAUCGUUUGGUAUUUCAAUCGAAUGGCACGUAAAGUUGCUCUUGCAAACGGUGGUCAUAUUCAACCUGAAAUUCGUUUACGCAUGGUUGCUUUUACCGCUCCGCUAAUGGUCUUGGGUUUCUUUUGGUUCGGUUGGACAUCGAGAAAAGAAAUUCAUUGGAUCGUUCCAAUCUUAGGCACAAUUCCAAUCGGAACGGCCGUCUUACUCUCUUUUAAUGCGUUGGCAGUUUAUGUGGCUCAAUGUUAUCAUAUUUAUGCUGCUUCUGCUUUAGGCGCAAUGGCUUUCUCACGUUGCCUUGUUGCCGUUUUCAUGCCUCUGUUUGCCCGUCAAAUGUUCGAAGGAUUGGGUCCAGGAUGGGCAGCGAGCAUUUUGGGUUUCGUAUCGCUUGUUGCAAUUCCAGUACCAUUCUUUUUCCAAAGAUGGGGAGAGGAUAUCCGUAAACAUUCAAAAUUAGCCAUCAGCACAUAAUUUUUCAUUCUCACACGCACAGCAUUUCACACAUUAUACACACAUAGAGCUUCAACAUCAUGUACAUUAAUAAUAGG